AUGGGCACGGUUGCGUUUAUGCCUGAGAAAGAGAUAGUUGGCCAGCUAGAGCUAGAAGAAGGUUGGCAGUUGUACGCCCCGACCCCGAGGUUUAGGUGUGGUCAGAAGGCGACAUACACGGUUGAAGUGACUUGCCAGGGAUGCAGCCUUGUGUACGAACAAAUCCGUUCACUUCCUCCGCUUGCGUUUGACCUUUUCCAGAUCAUAUAGGAAAAUUGUAUGCUUUGUUUUCAAGGUUGAAGUACAAGUUCUAGUGUACCCAUACCACUAGAUACUGCUCUUAGACAGCCACGUGUUGAUGGGGCCAACAAUCGAUCCAUUUUUACUU